AUGAAACCUGGAAAUAUAUGUGUUUGUUUUGAUGGAUAUUUCGAAAAUUCUGUAACUUUAUCAUGCAAUAAAUGUGAUAAUUCUUGUAAAACUUGUGAAUUUUUACCUAACAAUUGUACUUCUUGUGAUGAAGUUCUUCAUUAUGAUAAAUAAUAAAAUCAUUGUGUUUGUAAAUCAGCAUAUUUUUAUAAUGCAACUUCAAAAUUAUGUGAAGGUAUUUAUAUCUAAAAUAUUAAAGCUUGCAAUUUUACAUGUAAGGAAUGCAGUUCUUAAAAUAAAUGCACAGAAUGUGAUUAAGAAACUCGAUAUUUUGAUGAUUAGAAUUUAAAAUGUCCAUGUCAAAAUGGUUAUUUUGAAGUAAAUCUUUAUAAAUGUUAAUGUAAAAUACUAAUAAAAUUAUAUUAGAAUGUGAUUUAUCAUGUUAAAGUUGUAUUACAUCUUCAAAGCAUUGUACGAGUUGUGAUACAAUCCUAUACAAUAGAAUUUUAAAUAAUAAUUAAUGUAUAUGUUUGGAUGGAUAUUAUGAUGUUGGAAUAUCAAUGUGUUAAAAAUGCAAUGGUGUUUGUAAAACAUGUUAGAUAUCAUCAUUCAACUGUAAUUCAUGUUAUCAAGAUGAACAUAUUCGAGUUCUGGUUAAUAAUUAAUGUAUUUGCUAAAAUGGAUAUUUUGAUAAUGGAAGUUUAUUAUGUUAGAGUAAAUAUUAUAAAAUGAUAAGAAUGUUCAAAUGAGUGUCUUACAUGUAGUGGAUCUGAAAAUCAUUGUACAAGUUGUGAUGUGAAUUAAAAAAGAAUAGAUUAAUCUGCAAUUUAUAGAUGUCCAUGUAUUACAGGAUUUUAUUCUGAUCAAGAUAAGAUUUGUUAAAGUAUGAUUGAAUUAGAUAUAAUAGAAUGUAACAUUAAAUGUGCCUCAUGUAUUAAUCAAAAUGAUCAAUGUCUAAGUUGUAAAUUCUUAAUAGGAAACAAUAGAUUAUCAUUAUCAUAAAAUUGUGAUUGUAAAAGUGGUUAUUAUGAUGAUGGAAUUCAAUUAAUUUGUUAAAUAUGUAAUGCGAAAUGCAAAACAUGUUAAAAUACAUCUACAUUUUGUCUAUAAUGUAUAGAUAGUUUAAGAUUUAAUCCACCAGAUUGUUUUUGUUUAGAUGGUUAUUUUGAAGAUGAGUAAUAAACAUGUUAACGUAUUUAUAUAUUUAAUAUAUAAUAUAUUAGCAUGUAAUAAUGAAUGUGGUACCUGUAUAACAAAACCAUAAAACUGUUUAACUUGUAAGCCUGGUAGAAUAACUGUUUAAUGUAUCUGUUAAGAUGGUUAUUUUGAGGCUGGAUUAUAGUUAUGUUUAAGUAAAUAAUCAAAUUAUUAUUUAGAAUGUGAUUUAUAAUGUAAUACAUGUAAUUAAACAUCUUAAAAUUGUUUAACAUGUAAAGGAGAUCGUAUAAAUCCUCCAAAUUGUUCAUGUCCAUAAGGUUUUUUUGAUGAUUUAAUAAAUGAUGAUUGCUAAGAAUGCAAUUCUCUAUGUCAAACAUGUGAUUUAAAUGGUUGUAUUACAUGUGCAGGUAAUAGAAUUUUAUCUAAUGAACUUACUUGUGAUCCUCCAUAACAUUCUAUUUGUAAUGAUAUAACUCCUUGGUGUUCAAGUAAUUAAUUGUCUAUUUAUUAGCUUGUGAAAUUGCUGUACUUAAUAUAAGAAUUUCGGAUGAUCUAAAAUAUUUAAUUGUUUAAUUUGAUUUCCCAUUAAAUGAUUAAAGUUUAUCUAGUUAAAUUUAGCAGAAUGUUUGUUAUUAAAUCUUAUCAAAUAUAACUUUAAAUUAAUUAGGACUCAACCCUAAAUGUAAAAUUGAUGAUAUUGAUACUAAACUUCUGUAUUUAUAUUUUGGUGACAAUCCAACUAUUAUUGAAGGAGAUUCAAUAGAAUUUAUUCCUAAUACUUUAACUUAAUUGAACUGUAACUCUAAAUUGUAGAUGUUUAUUCUAACAAAUGUUAAUCCACCCUAAAAUCCUGUUUCACCUAUUUUAGAAUACAAUGUACCUGAAGUUUCAUUAAAUCCUUGUGAUGAUAAUAUUAUAUCUCGAUAAUCAUAAUCUAAUGAUGGACUUAGAGGAUUAAGAAAUAUUAUCUGGACUUAUUAAGUAGAAGGAUCUUUUGGUACUGGAAACCUAGAUAAUUUUAUAUAAUCAUAAACAAGCUUUCAAUUAAUUGAUCUUAAUUUAGAUGCAUCUACAUUACCAAUUUAAUCUAAUAUUACAUUUAUUGUUAGAUAUUCCAAUUUUGUUGGUUAAUAAUCUUAAUCACUUAUUAAAUUAUCAACUCACUCUGGAUCUGAUCCUACUGUUAGAUUUAAUGUUAAAAAAUAAUUCUAUACAUUCUAAGUCAUCAACUUAAUUUUCACUAUAUCGAAAAUCAAUUGUCUCACCAAAAUUAUUCAAAAUUCUAAUUAUUAAAUAAGUUUAUAUGAAUAAUUCAGAACAUUUGGUUCACCUUCAGAACUCAACUAUUAAACAGUUUCUAGUUAAAUUGAGUAUAAGAUUAAAAUCCCAUCUUAUAAAUUAACUCCAAAAGCUUUAUAUACUUUUUAACUGAAUGUCACUGAUACAUUAACUAAUUAUUUUUCAUCAUUCUAAACUAUUAUAGAAAUUAUUCCUGCAGGAUUCUUAUGUAAAUUUAAUCGGGUCUAACCAGUUUAAGAUUAUUAAAAAGAUUUAAAAAUGCUAAUUGAAUGUCAAGAUCUAGAUUCUAAUUAUUUAGCUAAUUAAGACCCUGAAUUAACUAUUAAUGUUGCAUGUGUGGAUUUAACCACUAAUAAUAUUUGUUUAGAUAUUAAGUCUUAAAAAAUAAAAGUUAAUAAAACAGAUUUUGAAUAAAAUAUUUUUAAAUAUUCAAUUAAACCAUAUACAGUUUAAUCAUGGAAAGUAACGGCGUUUAAAAAUGGAUCUAAUUAAACCUUUGAAUAAAUCAUUGUAUAUUUAGAAGACAAUUUCAAAGAUUUAAAUAUGAAUUAUAGUUAAGGAUAUUUAAUGAGACCAAUAAAUAAUUAUGAAUAACUUAAUUUCACUUAUCUAAUUUCAAUUGCAGAUUAACCAAUGAUUCUAGAAUACAGUAUUGCAAUUAUAUAUGAUUUUGAAGUUUUGGCAAUUUUAUAACCAGGUUGCUAUUCAUAUCAAUUUAGAUUGUUUGAUCAUUAUGAAUAAUUCAAUUAAGGAAACAACAUUAAUUUUAAAUUUUUAGUUCAAUUUAUAAAUAGUAUUAUGCCAGCAUAACAUAAUUUAAAAAUAACUUUAAAUUAACCUCCAUAAUGUAUAAUUAAUAUUGAUUCUAAAAAUAAUUAACCUUUAACUUUUAUCAAUGUUAUUUCCAAUUGUUUAUUUUCUAUUGACAAUCCAUUUAAAUAUCAACUUAGAAUAUUGCUUAAUGAAUAAGACUAUAUAGAUUAUUAAAAAAGACUAUCUGAUUUUUCACUUGUAUUAAAUUCAUUUUAGAGCUCCAAUAAAUUUCAAAUUUUAUUACCCUACUCUUAAAUCUAUGUAAUAGUAUAAAUUAUGGAUUCUGAUGGAUCAAUAAAAAAUAUCGAAAAAGAAAUUAAAAUGGAUAAAAUUGAUUUGAAUUGUUCUACAAUCUUCUAUAAAAAUGCUAAUCUACGAUAUCAAGUAACUUUAGCUUUAGAAAUAAUUCUCAAUCACCAUUAAAAAUAGAUUUGCCUUAAUAUUUCAAAUAAAAUACUUACCCUUAUUAAAGAGUAGAUUUCAAUAUAUACAUUUUAAGAUUAAGAAUUAGCUUAUCAAUUCAUUAAAAUUUAUACUCGACUUUCCUUAUAAAUUAUUUCUAAAAUAUAAGUUUAAAGAAUACUGUCGGAAUCUUUAUAUUAAUAAUGUUAUGAUCUUUAAAACUCGAAAUUCAUUAUUACUAAUUAAUAUUUAUUAAAUGAAUAACUUCUCCUCUAAUAUGAUGAAGAACAAUAUAACUAUACUUAUUUAUAAACAAAAGUCAAUUAAUUGUAAAACUAAGUUUCUAAUCUAAUUAAGGAUAAAUUUUAAGUAGAAUUAGAAAUAAUUGAGGAUCCUUUAUUUUUAUUAGAAUCUCUAUCUUAACGAAGAUAAAUAAUUUUGAAUUCAUUGUAAGUUUCAAUACUUCUCUUAGAUGAUGCAUUUUCAAUAUUAUCAAAAAUAAUACAAACUGAUGAUAAUUCAAAUCUAUAAUUAUUUAAUAUUGGAUCUCAAUUACUAAAACUACUUAAUACAAUUUCUGAUUAAAUAAAUGUUUAAGCUUAAGUUGAUGGAAAUGAACUUAAAGUUGAUGGAAAUAUUUUAUAAUGGAAACUAAUUAGAUUAUCAAAGAAGACCUUCAACAAGUUGGCUAAUUUAGAAUCAGCCUUCACGGAUCAUUUUAUUGCAUUUAUUGAAAAGAUAUAAAUAACGAUAGCUUUUAAUUUCUAUAAUUUAUCAUCUAAUUAUUUAACUGAUUUGUAAACAAAAUUAAAUAAAUCCUAUCACUAAAUAGAUUAAAGUAAAUUGCUAGAAGUAAAUUUGAGAAAUUAUAAAAACUUAUAUAGAUAUGUGAAUUAAGAAAAUUUCACAGUGAAAUAUAAUGUAUAAUUAUUAAAUAUGACAUAUUGUGACGAAAAGUUUAAAUAUGAUAAAAAAGAUGUUUAUGAAUUUUCAUGUGUUUAAUAAUCCAUUAACGGUUAUUUUGAAAUUUGUGAUUUAAAUAAAAUUCAAGAGAAUUCUACUAUUAGGAUAUUAUGUAGUUGCAAAUAAUUUGGGAAGAUUUUUUUAAUUAAAAAACCCAUUAUUGAAAUAAAUGUUUAAAAUAAAUCGAAUAAUUCAAUAGAAAUUCCAGAGAUAGCAAAGAAAUAAUUAUUUAUUUUUGAAUAACCAUUUAUUUUAGUUCAAAGCAUAUUAAUUUGUUUUUCAAUUUUAGUUUACUAUUAAUUACUUAUUGUGGAAAUGAAAAGUAAAUAAUAGUAUGGAAAUAUUAUGAGUUCGGAUGACUUCAGUAAAAUUGAGAAAAAGGAGCCUUUGAGAUGUUAUCCAGGUGAUUUGCUUAUUUUUAAGGAUAACUUUAAAGUAAAAUAUUUGUUCUAUUUUUAAGUACAUCCAUCAAUUUUUUUCUAUAUUUUAUUGUGAUGAUGAGAUAAUAAAAAAAAGUUAUAGAUGUUUACAAUUUUUCACAGAACUUAGCUUUCUGAUACCUAUGGCUAUAUGUUCAAUAAACUUAUUUUCUGAUACAAUAAUUUUAAACAUGGUAUUUUUCAUCAAUUUUUCGAUCAUCUUAAUAAUGAGAAUUAUAUUUAAGUUAUUUUAGGCAGCCUAUAGAUUUGGUGGAAAAAUAGCUAUGUUUAUCAUCUUAAUUAUGAUUUUACUAUAAGUCUUUACUUAUGUGUUAUUCAUAUUUUCAUUAAUAAAUAGGUAUUUUCUAAUCUUAAUUAUUAUAGUACUUAAAACUCGACUUAUAUAAAUAUAUAGAUAUGCUUGAUUUUAGGAGGAAUAAUAAUUUUAACUUAUUUAAUAUAUGAUCCUAUAACAGUUUUUGUUAGAAUCCUUUUAUACAAAUAGAUAAUAGCUAGUAUUAAAAAUAAACUCCUUAAUCCUAUGCAUCAUUUUAUCUAUUUUUUCAUUCAGCAUUAUAAGUUGGAUGAAAUAUUUGACACAAUUAUAAUAUUUUGA